GGCGAUUCUUUUGCGGGAAACGUCGCGACAACAUGGCGCUUCCCCCGAUCACGACGAAGAUGGUCGCACCGUCGCGACAGGCGAGGGCAUCGCCGUUGCGAUAUUACAAGAAUGACGGAAAGGUGUUCGUGAGCGACCGACAAAAGUUAACGGAGCGGUCCCGGCUGAGUAACAUCCUCCUUGGCAACGAGCAUUGGGAUUUGUUUCAUGGUAUCCCGAAAGGAUUCUCGCUUCGCACGCGCGUCCGCAUCAAGCUCGAGACGUCUGACAGUGGGUACGCGUGGGAUAUGUUCCAAACCCUCGUGUCGCUUGUCGCGUGUGCAGUCUGCGUCGUUCAAAGCUACCAUGACGACGUUGUCGUGCCAGAGGUGGACCUGUCAUUUGGAGUCAUCUUUGCCACCGACUACUGCUUGCGCUUAUACUGCGCUAAAAAUCGGCUGUUGUUCCCGUUCACGUUCAGCGCCAUCAUCGACCUUCUAGCCGUCGCGCCCACCAUCUACGACUACGUCACCCGCGACUCGUCGACAAAUCCGACAGGACAGCGUCCGAAAUUUGCCUUUUUGCGCUUUGUUCGCGUCUUGCGCAUCAUGAAGGCAAUUCAAAUGUCGCGCCACAGCGCCACCAAGCAAAUCACAGCGAUCCAGCAGCAACUCCUGUCGCUUGGCCUUCUCGUCACAAGCAUUGUGUUCAUUUCUGCGUGUUUAUUUCAACUCGUGGAGAACUCGUACCGCGACCCGAUCGUGCUACCGAACGGCGAGACAGUUGACCGCAAUGUGACGUUGGGCGACUCGUUCUACUUCAUCAUGGUCACGAUUUCGACUGUGGGUUACGGCGACAUUGCACCAGCGACGACGCUUGGGAAAUUCGUCACGUGCGCCAUGAUCAUGGGUUCGCUCGUCUUGUUGCCGCAAGAAGUCAAUCGUUUGGUCGCGUUGCUGGCGAUGCAGUCGCCGUUCCGAAAGACCUACAUACCAGACCCGAACCGCCCCCACGUACUUCUCCUCGGCCACGUUUCGAACGCGAGCGUCCUCCUGGAUUUUUUCACCGAAUUUUACCAUCCCGAUCGCAUCGUAUGCGGCCCGAAUGGAGCUGCUUCGAUCAACAACAUUCCAUGCAUCAUCAUGGCCCCGGCCGAACCGAGCGAAGAAGUGCGCGCGCUCCUCGUCAACCCCCUUCUCCAGAACAAAGUGAAGUUUAUCAAGGGAUCGAUCUUAAACGACGAAGACCUCCAUCGUGUCGCGGUCGACACGGCGCAAGCCGCCUUCAUCCUUGCCGACAAAAACUCGAACGACUCGGUGGCCGAGGAUGCUCACACUGUCCUGCGGUCACUCGUGCUCGAAAACUACAAUCCUGAUCUCCAAAUUUUCAUGCAGGUCAUCUGUCCGUCCUACACCGACUUCAUCACGCAUAACGAGCUCCACCAUAUCUUGUGCAUCGACCAGCACAAACUGAGUCUCCUGGCCAAAAACUGCCUCUGUCCGGGGCUAUCGACCCUUGUGUGCAAUUUAUUCCGGUCGACGGUCUUGCCCGACACAUUGUCAAAUGUCGAGUGGAAGCGCGAGUACGUGGAAGGCAGCACGAUGGAGAUUUAUACGACGACUACACCAUCCUACUUGGUCGACUUGAGCUUUACCAAAGCCGCGGACAUGCUGUACGACAUUUUCGACGGCGAGGUCAUUCUGGUCGGCGUGCAUGAAGGCGCGUCGCAGUCGAAAACGUUUGUCGCAGACCCCACGGGGUACACGCGGCCGUCGCUGUCGAACGUGCUGAAAGACAUCAGUACCAAGUUUCUGUCCGAGGAGCUGCGCCACCCCCUCAAGCGAUCGCCACGAGCAAAGCUGCACAAGCCCAAGCAGGCCCCCCAGAUGCCUCAACCGUGGCCCCUGGGAUGCGUCGCCCCCCAGCAUACUUUCGUCAAUCCAGGGGCGAAUUACGUCUUACGGUCCCACCACACGCUGUACGUGCUGUGCGAGAGUCGGAACGUCGCGCAGCUCGUGAGCUGUCCCGACUAUUACAACGCGUGGGUUCGGCGGGGCAACAACGCGGCCCAGCCCAACGCUUCGUCGGCAACGACUCGCCAGCCGCGCUACGCUCAGCCGUACGAUUUACUCCAGGCGAAUUCACGCCUCGUGAGUACGCGCAUCCCACUAAGCCGCAGACGCGACGACGUGUGCAUUGUCGCUGUUGCGAGCGACCAGCCCGACCAACCUGACAGGGGGCCAUACGACAGCGGUCCAGUCGACAGUGCCGGCGCUUCUUCUCCCGCGACAAAACCCAUCCGCGACCACAUCAUUGUCGUGUCCGACUUGAUUGACGUCCCCAUUGAAACAUUCAUCAAGCCGCUGCGUUUGGCGCAUUACACGGACGGCAGCAAGCACUACCGACCGAUUGUGUUUGUCUCGACAAGCAACGAAGCGAUCGACGUCGCGUACGAGGUGGCGAGGCACUACGACGGCGUGUACCUCAUGCGCGUGACCAACGACUCCAAGGAAACGUUUUUCAGGGCAGGGAUCAUGAAGGCCCAAUGCUGCGUUCUGCUCGCGGAAAAGUCUGGGCAGCGCGUGAUGGACGGCGAGAGCCUCGACAACCGCGUCAUCUUUCGGUACCUGACGGUGCAAAAGAUCUUGGAAAAACACAGCGCCGCCAUGAACACCGAGUUUGCCGUGUUUGUCGAAAUGGCUGCGUCUAGCACGAUGAAGGUGAUGGACACGACACUGACAAAGCGGCUGACUUCCAUCGCCGCCAACCUCCACAUGGGGGGGCGACAACUCCCCGUCGUGAGUCCGCGAUCGUCCACGUCGAGGCCGGUCGUCGCGCGCAUGAGUCUCUUUUUCGAUUCGCUGGCCGAGACGCACAAGUUGGCUCGCAAGCGAAAGGAGCACAUGAAGACAUUUAAGAAGCGCCACACCGAAAACAAGGCGACGGUCGUCUUGCCCUUCUACGCGGCCGGGUACGGCGUCCCGACUGACUUUUUCGACAGUUUGCUCUGCCAGAGCUACUUUACCCCCGAGUUGCUCCGGUUUGCUCAAGAGUUGCUGUGCAUGGACCAGCGGUCGCACGAUAGCAUGACCGUGUCGAGCUCCGUCAGUCAAAUUCCUCUCCCCGACUCGUUUGUUGGGAAGACGUUUGGCGACCUCUACACGUACUUGCUCACGUACGAAAGCGUGAUUGCAAUCGGGCUGUAUCGAAACUCGGCCAGCCGUGUCACGCUGCCGUACGUGUACACGGCCCCUAAGCGGAGCUCCGUCCUUCGGUCGGACGACUUUGUCUUUAUUCUGGCACAACCGCACACGCAGAUCGCGCUCGAGAACGCGAUCGACUUUGAAGCAGACGUUGUUGAGUCGCGUAUUCAAAACAUGCACAUCACCAAGUCGACGAUUCAAAUGGCACUGCACAAGAUCAAGCAAAAGAAGCAGCUGCAGGAAGGCACAGUGAUCCCGAACAACGACGACGAUGACGGCCAUGUCGGUGGCGCCGAUUGCGAAGGCACUGGCCAACGACGAAUGCCAGACAACAAGUUGUAGCAUCGCCCGACUUUGAAUGAUACCUGUUUCGGCAACGCUCCCAUUGCUUUCAAAGGAGGGACA